CGGAGCAGCACUGCUUCAUGUCACGUGACUACGAGAGCUGCUGUCGCAGAACCAGAUAGUUUCAGCCAUUUUGGAAAUGAACAUGGCGUCGUCUGAUAUAAUAACAGAAGUGGAAAUACAUCCUGAAAUCCAGGAAGUUGAAAUCGAGGCAAUUCCAGUAGAGAUUCCAUGUGAAACAGUGGAGACAACGAUCGAAGGUGUGGAAGGACAGCCCAUGAUCGCCCUUCAGCCUCUGCCUGAGCCAGGACGCGAAGAAGUUAUACUACAAACACAAGAAGAAAUUGUAGGAAGUGGAGAUCCUUUAUCUGUUUAUGACCAGAUUCCAGUACCAUCUGAAGGCGAUAUCUAUGUGGAAUCAAGUCCAGGACCAUCGAGGAGAGGAGGUCGGAAAGCCAAGAGAGGUGGGAAAGUUCGAGGAAAUGAACAUAUCAUUGGUGGUGAAGUUACUGAAACAAAAUCACGCAAGUGGGAACAAAAGCAAGUUCAAAUUAAAACACUGGAAGGAGAAUUUUCCGUGACGAUGUGGGCCUCAGGCACAGAUGAUGAUGAAGCAAGUAACCCAGAACCUGAUCCUGAUUAUGAGGAGUACAUGACUGGGAAGAGAAUACCUCCUGAAGGAAUUCCUGGCCUUGAUUUGAGUGAUCCUAAGCAGUUGGCGGAGUUUGCAAGACCCGGACACAAAAUGAAAGUGAAAAAACAAUCCAGUGACGGUGUGGAUCGCACUAUUGCUUGCCCACAUAAAGGAUGUACAAAGAUGUUUCGAGAUAAUUCAGCCAUGAGAAAACAUUUGCAUACGCAUGGGCCACGAGUUCAUGUUUGUGCUGAGUGUGGCAAGGCGUUUGUGGAGAGUUCCAAGUUGAAGAGGCAUCAGCUGGUGCACACAGGAGAGAAGCCGUUCCAGUGCACAUUUGAAGGCUGCGGAAAGAGAUUUUCAUUAGACUUCAAUUUACGAACACACGUGCGUAUCCAUACUGGUGAUCGUCCAUAUGUUUGUCCUUUUGAUGGCUGCAAUAAGAAAUUUGCCCAGUCAACCAAUCUUAAAUCGCACAUCCUUACGCAUGCUAAGGCGAAAUCUCGGAAUGCAAUGAGCCGCUCAGUGCCUACAAUUCAUGCACAACCGCUACAGCCACCGCAGUUUGUUCAAGUUGAAGUUGCUGAUACCGAUAAUCAGCAGUUUAUUGUAUAUGCUGACUAAAUUUGCCCUUUGGCCAUUGAAACUAAACGGCUUCUUGGUAUGAGCCAGAUUCACCUAUGAGGUGAAGAGAAGGUUGAGCUAUGUUAGCUCAUGAGGAAUUCCCUUUUCAAUAUGUUUCAGUACAAACAAUUCUUGUUAUAGCACUUUUUUUUAAUAGGAAAGGUGUGUAGUAAUAGGAGAAAGGCAAGUCGUCAAUUUGUUAAUGACCUUUUUACCACAGUUAUUUCAUUUAAAACUGACGUCUUUAGGGUCUGGAAGGAUGCUUCAGUAAUAUUCUGUUAUACUUGGAUAUGAAAUACUUGGCAUUGGAAAGGCAGUUUUGUGGUGUGUGGGUUGACAUGAAUUUCUGAUAUUAUGGAUACAUAUUGAACAGGGAGCCUCCUUGCUAACUACCUUGCUCAUGAUCGCUCACAAGUUUUAUCAGUGUUCCUGAUUGGCUGCAUGUGGCUUUGCAAGUUCACUCAAUCCGAAGAUCUAGGAAAUUGCAGGAAGAUAGAGGAAGUGUGUGCAGGCUGAAUAAUGUGAUAGGACUAAUAUGUCCAGUGUUGUGAUUUUAAGUGGAUUCUUUUUGAUAGAGCUUUCUGUUACUGAUGCACUUCAGGGUUUUGAAAGUGUUGAUCGACAUAUUUUUACAAUUGAAAUGAGCUGUUUUUUAUUUGUUAGUAGGGGUACUUAUCCAUUGCUGGUACCAGAUUGUAGUAUUUCUAUAUGAGUAACAUCUCAUAUUUCAGAAUCUUGUACUUUGCCUGAAAUGAAUAUUCUUGAAGGGAGAGAAGAGAGUGGAUUCAAGAGACUUUUUCUUCUAUCUUCAAAAGGACUUGAAUUGUGUAUUUAUUCAGAUUGUAUCAUAUUCUGUUCAUCAAAACAUGUUAACUUGAUGAUUACAUGUAUAUUGUGAAUUCAAUUGUUUUGUAAUUUUAUUCUGAAAUUAAUAUUUGGUAGGUAUUACAAGUCUUAGUAUAAGGAAGAUUGUAUGUUUCUGCAAAAGUUAUUAGCAGUUCAUUUUAUUCCUUCAAUUGUAAUGCCAAAUGCUGAAUGUAUUAAAUGUGCUAAAAGUGCUAAAUGUAUUAAAAUGCUAAAGCUGGUACUACUUAUUUCAAAGUAGUUCAUGACUUUAUUUGUGUUGGUUAACAUUUCAAAAUUAUUCCUUCAUACAAUAUUACUACUUUUCUCUUAUGACACGAAAUUAGAGAAUAAUGAUUUAGUUUUGUAUGAGGGUAAGUUCUUAAAUACUAAGUUAACCUAAAAUAGGGUUUGUGUUACUGUGCUUUUCAUUAUGUCAUUUUUGUUCAACUUGGGUGCACAGAGGUCCUUUUCAAGUAAUUUCAUGCAAAUUGCAUGAAGCCAAUCAGGAAUGUGCAGCAAUCUUUAAUAUGACACCAUUCCAGGUUGAAUGCUAAUUCAUGUAACUGUCCAGAAUAGAAAAAGUGAAGUCAGUAAAAUGUACUGAUGAGUGACUAGCAAUGACGUACAAGUACAGGCUUUCCAAGUAUUUCAUAUACAUCUGUAAACAUAUCAGGUUACUAUGGAGCAUUCAUUUCACUUGUCUUAAGGUAGUUCUUCUAUAUUGGCAGGUCAAAUCACCAUUCAUUGUGUGUGAACAUCCAGUUUAGAAUUGUGUGUGGGAGCAGCAUUCUUGACCAACUUAGGAGUGAAUAAGGAUGGAUAAGACUGACCUAAAAGAUUUUUUUAGUUAGUAGAUGCCCAGAGAAGUUUUUACUCACCUAUUCUUAAACUUGUGAGAUUUAAUUCUUUAUUUGCAUGACUUGCAACCAUUUUAUUGAUGUUCAGCAAAUUGGGUGCACUGAAAUUAAUACGCUCAGUGGCCUCUUGUCAAGUAUUUUGUCUGAGUGGGCUUAAUUUUGCAUGAAUAUGUUUGGUCUGCUGGUGCUGUCAUGUAGGAUAAAAAUAGUUAUGUCAAUAUUCAAUGAACAUUGUUUUUCCUCUGAUCUGGCAGUUUUCAGUAUGCCAAUGCACUACUAUAAAUAAAACAAUAAUGAGGACAGCCUUAGAGACUUUCAUUUUGUCAUAAAAGAAUUUGGUUACCUUAUAAAAGUUCAUUUCUGAAAGCUUUUUUCAAGUGACACUCAAAACCAAAGGAAAGGAAUAUUAUGGAAGAAUUUUCCAAAACCUGUAAAAUAAAACAAAUUGAAAAUAAGGUUCUAGUUAGUGAUUUCCUAUGUUAAAAUGGAGCAACUGUGCAAUGUGUUAUUUGAUAUUUUUGAGAUAUUUUUGCAUUAUAAUGGAUAAAAAUGUAUUAUUUUAACCUUGUUUUUUAGAAAAUGUGGAAGACAAUUCUCAAAACUAGCACGUAUCCAUUGAAAGAAUUCCAGCAUUUCUAAUUUUAAGAUGAGAUGCUCAAUGUCAGAUGAUGUUCUGAGAAAAGGUAAUUACAGGCAAUAUUAGUGAAAGAACAUCUUGUGAAUCUGUGCCCUAGAAUUGAGCUUCUCAGCUUAAUUUAGCUGAAGAAUGUUCCCAUUCAUAUCAAGUCUUGAGUAUUACUAUUUAUCCAGAUGCUCUUUCAUUACAAUACUUUUCUCAUUUUUAUAUUGUCAGGCAAUGAGAUGAUUUGGUAAGAAUUAGAAUAAAAUAGUGAUUGCAUUCAGUAUAGAGCUGUGUUUUAUCCAUCGUGUAAUGAAAAUCUUUCACUGGAAUAGAAAAUUAAGAUUCUCAAUGAAUAUUAAAAAUCUGUUCCCUUUUUUCAAUCAGGAGCAUUUAAGUUCAGCAAUAGAAACUUUUGCAGUUGUAUGUUAAAUCGGAACACAACCAAAUCGGAAACCUCUGAAAAUGGAAAAAAAAUCAAUGUAAUAAUUUUUAAUAAAACAAAUCCUGGAAUUAUGGUGUUCUGUAUAGAUUUUAUGAUCCUUGUUGGUCAAGUAUACUUAUCAUAUAUAUGACCAGUUUUUUCCUUUUCAUGGGUUUCUAAGCCGGUGGAUGUUACCCUCUCUGACCUGGUUUGUUUCACAGAAUGCAGACCGUAAUCCAGCAUUCUAUGUCUAAUCUUACUGUAUUUCUGCUGUUGAUUUAUUAUUAAGAUAUGCAGGUUAAAAGUUGAAGUACAAUAAAAUUUGCCCUUGUGGUAUUUUAACAUGAUUGGUUAUACACCAAAACCAAUUUUCUGGUAUAAGCAUUGUGUAGGGCAAUGAGAUUGUAGGAAUAUUAUGAUUAUUAUUUGACACAUUUCUGCGAGGCACAUUGGCUAAUGGCCGUUUUGAGUCGGAUAGAGAGAGCAGGUGUAAUAUUAUUUUAUGUGCAAAGUAUUGUAUUCAGCAGUUCGGUUUACCUUGCUGAUAGGGUUUGGAAAUCUGACUCUACUGUCCAAAUAGGUUAGGAUAUUAAUUCCAUGAGGGUGUCUUCAGUGAAGUCUUGUGUGACUAAUGAAUUCUUUAAUUUUCAGUAUCCUCAUGCUAUGUUAAUAUUUUUUUAAAUAUACUUGCAGGAAAUUGCUACAGUUAUUUUUAUGAAUUGUGAAUAUUUAAUAUCUAAUUUCACUUGGCAAAGCUAAUUUUUUUAAGAAGGCACAUGAAUAUAAAGUAAAUACAACUUUAUGGUAAAACCAUGAACUGUAUUAAUAAUUAUGUAGAGCCGUGAGUUCCAUUGGUUGGUGUGCUCUUCUUUGAGGCUGCCAACAAAUCCAAGCAGUUCAUAUCCCAGAAAGUCUGUCUCUGAUCCCUAUGCAUCAUAUUUUGUUGGAAAAGCUCCCACAGAGCCAAUGUCUUGUUACAACCUAUUUCUAUAAGACUGUUCAACUUUCUUCUCAAAGAUCAGAUCCCAACAAGCAGUGGCAGAUUUAUGUAAUUUGCCACACUAGGCAAAUAUUUUUUGGAAACCCCUGGUCAAUUUAUUGAAUUUUUCAUUUUAGUGUUACAAGACAACAAUUUAAUUACAAAUUCUAUUGUUUAUUUUAAAGUUCGUUUUAACCAUUUAUUAUAUAAUUGCUUUCGUGGAACUUUUUGGUUUGCAAAUUUGUUGAUAUCACAAUCUAUUUUAAGUAAAAUAUCUUUAUCUAUGGCUAAAAUGGAAAGUGAAUUUAAUCUACUUUUGCCCAUUGUUGAUCUUAAGUAGUUUUUGAUACACUUUAAAACUUCAACCAAUCUUUCAGCCAACAAUUUGAAAUAGG